AUGAUGAGUUCUCUGGAGCAGCCGCGAGUAUUGGAUGAGUCAUGGAAGGAUAAGCGGCAGCAUCGAACACAUAUUGGGCCGUGGAAGCUUGGCCGGACAUUGGGACAUGGGAGCACAGGCCGAGUUCGUCUUGCAAAACAUUCUGUUACAGGCCAAUUGGCCGCUGUAAAAAUUGUUCCUAAGAACCAGUCGUUAGAGUCAUCUAAGCUUUCUAAAAACAAAGACAUUGAAUCUAAUUUUUCGUAUGGAAUUGAACGUGAAGUGGUUAUUAUGAAGCUUAUAGAUCAUCCAAAUGUGAUGCGUUUAUAUGAUGUUUGGGAAAACAAAAAUGAGCUUUAUCUUAUUCUUGAAUAUAUUGAAGGAGGCGAAUUAUUUGAUUAUCUUGUUCAGAAAGGCAAGCUUGAAGAAAGAGAAGCGGUGGGAUAUUUUCGUCAAAUUAUUGCAGGAGUCGAUUAUUGUCAUAGGUUUAAUAUUUGCCAUCGUGAUUUGAAACCGGAAAAUUUAUUACUUGAUAAACAUCGUAAUAUAAAAAUUGCAGACUUUGGAAUGGCUGCGUUACAACCGUUUGAUCGUAUGCUUGAGACAUCGUGUGGGUCACCGCAUUACGCGUCGCCUGAGAUUGUAGCUGGUAAAAUAUAUCAUGGUGCACCGUCGGAUAUUUGGUCGUGUGGAAUUAUUCUUUUUGCACUUCUUACUGGGCAUCUUCCUUUUGAUGAUGAAAAUGUUCGUCAAUUGCUUCUUAAGGUUAAGGCAGGGCAAUUUGUAAUGCCUUCUAAAAUAUCAUCGGAAGGAAAGGAUCUUAUAUGGAGGAUGCUUGAUAUUAAUCCUCAUACUCGAAUUAAAAUGGCAGAUAUUUUAAAGCAUCCAUUCUUGUCAAAAUAUAAUCAUUUUGAUACUCUUUUGGAGAAUCCCUCUAAAAUGCCUAGUCUGGAUGAGUUGAAGCAUCCUGUUCAAAAAAGAGAUGAAAUUGAUACCGAGAUUUUGAAGAAUCUUCAGACUUUGUGGCGUAGUGUUAGUAAAGAAGUUAUUAUAAAUAAAUUGUUAAGUGAUGAGCGGAAUCCUGAGAAAACUUUUUAUUAUCUUUUGUUAAAAUAUCGAAAAGAACGAAUGAAGUAUUAUGAAAAUUAUGUUGAGUUUGUUAAUCGUUCUCGGGAAUCAUCUGCUUCUCAAAUUUCGAAAUUAGCAUCGUGUAACCAGAGACCGUUGUCUGUUCAUAAACAAUUAAAAGAAUCUGUAUCUCAACGUUCGAAGUUGUCGACUUCGAGUUCUCGGAAAAACCUUAAUAGGGUAUCUGGCAUUGUUGCUAAUUCUGUUCGUAAAAGGGGUGUUGAUUUUACUUAUGUUAAAAAAAAGAAUGAUUCCGUUUGUCUCGACUCUAAAAGUCUUUUACAAAAUAGCGGUAAUAUAUCAGGUAAAUGUGAUUCUGUCAACUUUUUUGCAGAAUUUGCUGCUGAGUGUGAGUUUGCUUUUAAUCAGCCUGUACUUCAUGAUUCUGAGUUAAAGAAUGAUAAUACUUUUUCUUCUAGAAAGUCUUCACUGAUACAUUGUUUUCAGCCAUUUCAUAUACAUCCUUCUAGUACAAUUUCUAAAGAGUUUGGAAGCAAUAAAAUGAUGCUUAAAAUUUAUGAAGAAAAUAAUGAAUUAACAACUUUCAAGAAAAAUAAUUCUAAGAUGCUGAAUGAUUUGAAUUCAUCUGAGGAUGCACAUUGUUCUAAGUAUUUUAUUGUUAAAGAUCAAUCAAGAUUGAGGGUAUCAAGUCUUCCAGAAUAUGUAGUGGGCAAAUAUAGAUCAGUUGAAAAAAGAGCUGUUAGUGCUCCAACAAAUUCUAUUGAUAUGACGCAAAAGAAAACUAAAGAGAAAAAAUGUGUAUUUUUUUGGAGAAAGAAGUCUGGUGCUGGUUCUUCACGUGUGGUUUAUCCAACAACUAUAUUUCGGAUAAUUUCAAAAAGAACCAAAAAUCAUGAAAAGGAAAAUAAAGUUUCUUGUGAAAAAACAGUUGAACCUGUAAUUCAGCAGUCUUUUUUUGCAAAAGUACUUAAUAUUAAGUCAAAUAUAAAGUCAUUGAGGACUAUAUUGCCUUUUCAACAUUUAUAUCAAGAAAUUGCUAAUAAUUUGAAAAAAUGGGAGCACCUUGGUAUUGGUAUUACAAAUGUACGUGAUAACAUUCAGUUAUAUACUGUUCAUGCUAAUAUUUCUAAUUGUAAUGGUAUUGCUUUUACACUUCUUGAAUUCUAUUUAAAGUCUAUAGCUAUGAAACUUAGAGCGAUAAAAUUUCGUGUUGAAGUAUCAGAACAAGGAAAUGGUAGUAUUGCACGUUUUUUUUUGGAAAAAGGAAUAAAUUCUUCAUUUCAACAGUUGGUAAAGGAAUUUGAGCUAAUAUUAGGAAAUAAGCAUGUUCUUGACCUUUCUGAUCGUAUUUUGAAAUAG